UUUGUCAACGUACCGAACUUGCUCCGCACUCGAGGAAGUGCGGGGAAAAUUGUGCGCUUCUUCUAGCCUAGUUGGUCCAUGUUAUGCUUUGGCGGCGUUUCUCUUUUGCAGCCUGUAUGGAAGCUUGAAUACUUUCCCCCAACGUAAAGGAUAAGAUACUUCCACAGCUGAAGAUAUGCCACGGAGAAAGAGAACGGCAGGCAGCAGCUCGGAUGGAACAGAGGACUCUGAUUUUUCCGCCGACCUCGAACACGUCAGAGCUGCAGUAAGGGCGCGUCGACGCAGCAGCACGCGUCUGACUCGCGCAUCCCUGCGCCUCAGCCAGAGCUCACAAGAUAACUCCAGCUCGUUACGCAGCGGCUCCCCGGCUGCUGCCGCUCACGAUGAGGGCCCCGAUUCUGCAGCAGAGUCGGCCCCUGCAGCAGCAGCAGCAGCAACAGCAGCAGCAGCGCCUGCCUCCGUCUUCUCCUCUGCACGCAGGAUCACACGUAGCCAGCAGGGGGCGGCAAACCCCAAAGCCAAAAGAUACCAUUUGCGUCAGAGCAGGUCGUCUGGCUCAGACACAGAAGCCAAUGCAGACACAAAACAAGGAGCGGACCGGGACGAGACGCCCCCGCGGACCCCGACAGGCAACGCCCCAUCCUCGGAGUCAGAUAUUGACGUUUCCAGUCCAAGCAAUGACCACGUGUCUUCUAACAACAAUGUUGUCGUUUCACAAGAGGAGGACGAGAGACUGGCGAAAGAGCUGUCGCUCAAAGAGGCCGCCGCCCACAACCUCUCCCAUCGACCCAAACGACGACGAUUCCACGAAAGCUACAAUUUUAACAUGAAGUGUCCGACUCCAGGAUGCAACUCGCUCGGUCAUCUAACAGGAAGACAUGAGAGACAUUUCUCCAUAUCAGGCUGCCCGCUGUACCACAACCUCUCUGCUGAUGAAUGCAAGGGCAAGGCGACGACACGCGACAAGCAGUCCGAAGAAAGGGCGCUGUCGCAUCGGCAGGAUGAGAACAGACACUCCACAAGGCACCAGGCCCCCACAGACGGACAGCAGCGCUACAAAGAUAAGGUGACAGAGCUGAGGAGGAAGAGGAACUCUGGCCUCAAUAAGGAGCAGAAGGAGAAAUACACAGAACACCGACAGAGCCACGGGACGAGCCGGGAGCCGAUGCUGGAGAACAUCACCAGCGACUACGAUCUCGAGCUGUUCAGGAAAGCGCAGGCACGUGCCUCGGAGGACCUUGAGAAGCUCCGUCUGGCCGGCCAGGUGUCGGAGGGCAGCAACAUGAUCAAAACCAUCGUGUUCGGCCGCUUCGAGUUGGACACCUGGUACCACUCGCCGUACCCCGAGGAGUACGCCCGCCUGGGGAGGCUCUUCAUGUGCGAGUUCUGCCUCAAGUAUAUGAAGAGCCAGACCAUUCUGCGCAGGCACAUGGCCAAGUGCGUGUGGAAGCAUCCACCAGGUGACGAGAUCUACAGAAAGGGGAACAUCUCUGUCUUUGAGGUGGACGGAAAGAAGAACAAGAUUUACUGUCAGAACUUGUGUCUGCUAGCCAAACUCUUCCUGGACCACAAGACGCUGUAUUACGACGUGGAGCCAUUCCUCUUCUAUGUCAUGACGGAAGCUGACAACACGGGAUGUCACCUGGUCGGAUAUUUCUCCAAGGAGAAGAACUCGUUCUUGAACUACAAUGUGUCCUGCAUCCUCACCAUGCCGCAGUACAUGAGGCAAGGCUACGGAAAGAUGCUCAUUGACUUCAGCUACCUGUUGUCCAAGGUGGAGGAGAAGGUGGGCUCGCCUGAGCGCCCUCUGUCCGACCUGGGUCUGAUAAGCUACAGAAGUUACUGGAAAGAUGUUCUGCUGCGGUACCUCAACAGUUUUCAGGGAAAAGAGAUCUCUAUCAAAGAGAUCAGCCAGGAGACGGCAGUGAAUCCAGUGGACAUUGUCAGCACACUGCAGUCCCUUCAAAUGCUCAAAUACUGGAAAGGAAAACACCUGGUUUUAAAGAGACAGGACCUCAUUGACGACUGGAAAGCGAAGGAGACCAAACGCGGUAAUGGGAAGACCAUUGACCCCACGGCCUUAAAAUGGACGCCGCCUAAAGGGACGUAAAGGAGCUUCCUUCUUCCUCCUCCUUCGUUCACUGGCGUCGUCACAGCUGCAGCACAGUCACAUCUGACUGCCGUUCAUCAUUUCUUUGGGUUCAAACAGUUUUAUGUGUUGACUUAAGUGGAACAAAUAUACCGCUAUGUAAAUUUUAAAGGUUUUUAUUAUUAUUAUUCCUGGGGUUCACAUGGUAAAAUACUUUACAUGAAAAGGAACAGUAGGGAGAAUGUGGACAAAGUUGGACCUGGAUUUUAAUAGGGCUUGAAGUGAUGACAUGAAGAAAAAUAGAAGUUAUACUUGGACUAGGCCAUUAAAUGUAUGGGUUAGUGAAUGAGAAGUUUUUACAGCUAAAAUGGCUGCAUCAAGAUAUAAAUUGUGAUAUUUGCUGUAUAUGUGAAGAACUCUUAUGAUGUUCCUAUAUAUUAACUAAUUUAUGCAAAGAAAGACUCGACCUCCAAAUGUUCUUACAGGGUAGAUAAACUUUUACACUUUUUAUGAAUUUUAGGUUGAGAGCAGAGUUAAACGCGUAAGGAUUUUUAUUAUCGUUUCUUUUUAGAUUUGGACCGACGGUGUCUUGCAAAAGUAUUCAUACCCACUGAUGUUGACGUACUUUAUAUCAAACCUCCUCAGUCUUGAACUUUUUGUAGCCUGUAAGUGGUUUUCCUCCAAGAUUUCCAUGUAUUUAGCUCCACCCAUCUUCCAACCUGUUGCAGCCGUCUGCUGAAGGAAAACAUUCCCAAAUGACCCAAAAAUAAAUAAAUCAAGGAGUAUGAAUACUUUUUGCAAGGAACUAUGAAGUCUUUGCACGCAGGAUGUCUGAAUCACUGUGUAGUUUGGUCUUAGGUCUCAAUGAGCCCAUGUGUUUCUGAAAAGUGAAACUAAUAGAGUGCCGCUCGCCUACCUCCUCACUCAAUUAGUAACGGGCACCAGGCAUGCCUGCUAAUCCAAUCUGUGAUGGGCGGCAUCGACCUCGUUCCGCUGUGGAGAUGCAACGCAGGUCGGCAACACGUUGACCUAUGCGAACACGUCCAGGCUGAAGCAAACCAGCUGGCCUGGCUGGGAAUUAGAAGGACACACCCUGAAAAUACACAGUUUGAGAAAAUAGGAGCUCUGAACAAGUGGACUUUUUAAAAAUAAUUGUGUCUUAAAAACCUGUUUAGAGUUAAGAUUAUUACUAUUUGUCUUUCAAAUAUCUAGAGAAACUCAUUUACACACUUUCCGACUUGAAUGAGACGAUCUCCUUAGACUUUGGUUGUAAAAUCUGCUGCUUUUGUUCCAAUUACUGUGUACAAGUGAACCAGCACUUCUUACCAAUCUGCAUCUGAAGUCAACAUUUUAAAUCCCACUAAAUAUCAAAAGAGAAAAUAUGGAUUUGGAAAUAUUUCAGUACCUGUGCCUGCGGUGAUUGUGUAACCCUUCAUCUGGUAACGUCGAAGAAAUGGAAUCAAAAAAUGUCUGUUUGAACCCAAAGCAAAUAAUCUCUACGCGUCUCGUGUCUUACGUUCAGUCUGUCUCGGCGGUCAGUUUGCCAGGAAGCUAUAGCUGCCACUGGCCACAUUCAGACGGCCCUCUGCUGUCGGACAGAUUUUCACCUGGAUGUGGGUGUGGCAUCACCUCUUGCCUGUUUUUACUCGUUUCCGUAUCACUCGUGAUGUUUGCGGUGUCUGAGGCUACACACGUUUGUUCUGUAUCCUUUCGUUUUUAAAAGUUCUCAUUUCAGUUUUAUACUUUUUCUAUCUCUGAGGUUUACUACUGUUUGACAGUUCCAGCAACUGUUGUACUGUGUUUUCCUUUUUACCAUGUGUUGACAAUUUUAUUUAAAUUUUUUUUCUAGUGGUUUAAUCCACUUGGCCUUUCCCUUCUUUUAAUUGGAUUCAUGCUAUUAUUUACAUUUUUCUCUUGGGGGUAUUUAUAUUCUUAACUGUAGAGCAUAAAGGGAUGUUUUAUUUAGCUGGACGGGCUUUCUUGUAAAUAUAUUUAUGUGAGACCAAUAUGUAGAUCUGAAAGUUGAAAGGUCGUUUAGAAAAGGAGAAUUUCAGGUCAUCCAACCCACCAAACAGUGGCAGAAAUUUAUUUAUUUAUCUUUUACAUUUCAGAGGCUUAUUGCCUGCUAUAAGUGAUAAGACUGAGUCAAAAUGUGUCACUUUUGCACAUUGUCACCACUUGUUACAGCUAAAAAACCCGACAAGGAUGAAUAGGGUUUAAAUGAGCAUGAUUGGCAGCCCACACUGACGGACCGAAAGGGGCUUUGUUUUAUUAUUUGUAUCGGUAAUUGAUCUAAUUCUAUUUAUGUGAUUAGUCAAAAUCUGUUAAAUGCACAGUUUAUUAUUUUUGAGAAUAUGCUGUAAGAUAAAUAAGCUAGGGCCUACUACCGUUUUCGUUAGAUUAGCACAAAGACUUUGAGCCAUUAGCUAGCCAGGUUGUUGCUUCUUCUGCUCCUGUAAUUGAACAGUUUAAAAUAAACCAAAUGUAGAACAUAUUUAUGAGACUCACAUGGGUCCUUGUUUUGAACAAAGUCAAUCUUCUAGUUUCUUUUCGAUUUAGUCUAUGAAAUAAGAUGAGCAAACUGAGAAGUUCAGUCAGUUGUUAGUUUUGUACUUAGCUACCCAGCUGCUAGCUUUGGUUUGCACUAUUUUGCUUUAUAGCUAUCCUUACUUAGCUUCUUACUGGGCUAAGCAAAAACACUAUCGCAUAGAUUUGUACUUAACAACCACCAAUCUGGGUGGUUGUUGAGCAUAGCUUUGUACUUGGUUUAGCUAAGCUAUCUGAAUGGUAGCUUAGCGUAGCUUUGUACUUAGCCAAGCUAAGUGACUGUCAUCUUGGCUUUGUUUUGUAUUCAGCUAAGCAACAUGAGUCAUUGUUUAGCAUAGGUCUGUACUUAGCUAAGCUUACUGAUUGAUGUCCUAGCUUAAAUUUGUGUGGUAGCCUAGCAUAGUUUUUUUUAACCUAUCUAAGCUAGCUCACUGCUGUCUUAGCUUAGUGCUUGAAUCUCAGUGGUUGCUAAGCAAUCUGAAUGGUAGCUUAGCGUAGCUUUGUACUUAACUAAGCUGACUGACUACUGUCUUAGCUUUGUCUUUACUUAAGCAAACUGAGUGGUUGCUUAGCACAGGGUUAGCACUUAGCUAAGCCGAAUGACUGCUGCAUUCACUUAGCUUUUAUUUACCUCAGCAAUCUGAGUAGAUACUGACUUAAAUUUGUAUUGAGCUUGCUUUAUACUGCUAGCUUAGCUUAGCUGUGUACUUGGCUUAUAAGUGCAUGCUAUCUUAGCUUUUAGUUUUGUAAGCAACAAGAAACAACAUCGUGAUGAAAAUCAAUUCUUAACAUCUUUUGAUCACAAAACAUGUAUUUUUUUUCCAGUUGAUGUUUUGUUUUGGAGCUUUAAUCCUUUAGUUGCUGACUUUUUGUCUCUGCCAGACUGUAGUUUGGUUGUACAUUUUGUCUAGUGUGGUGUAAUAUAUUCUUUCUGUAAAAUAUGUGAAGUUGAAGAUGUCCUCACUGUUUCUUUGUUUCCUCUGUUCAUGCAUCUGUAGAAACAUGGCUGGCAGGGCGAUCUUAAUAUGUUUUUACUUAAAUUCUAAGUAAGGAUUAUUUUUUGUGCCCACCGUUAAAGGCAAAGCACACUCCACUGGUUUAACGUUGUCAAAGAACAGAAGUCUAUCCAAGGAAACUCUUCACAUGACUUUCAUACUUGACUGAAUCUUCUGGUGUUGAGCGCUCGUCUUUUACAACAAACCAUAGCUUGAAGCUAUUUUCUAUUUCUUAAACCUGGGAGAAUUGUUACCUUGUUUUUAACUCAAUAGGAGUACAUCCUAUUUGAUAACGCUUUAUUUGAAUGGUAUAAGACUGACAUAAACAUGAACAUGAAGACACUUCAGGAAUGUUUACAUCUGUUAUCAUGAAGUGUCAUUCGGCAAAUAAUGACACUUCCGAUGCAAAACCGACACUUUUAAUGGACUUUUAAUGCAUUAAAAGUGUCGUUAUUAACCGAAUGACACUUCAUGACAACAUCAUAAACAUCCAUGAAGACUCCUUCAUGUUCAUGACAGGUGUUAUGUCAUGUUUAUGACUUCAAAUAAAGUGUUACCUCUUGCUUUAUUUUAGAACAUGAAAUUCUCUUUUGAUGAUGAAAUAAACUUGAAAUAAGUGUCUCCACACCACAGAUUAUUUUGUCAGAAAUAGUCUGUGUUGAGCGUAUCAGUCCAUUGUAACUAUGGUGAGAUAUUCUCACAUCGUGUCUUUUGUCUGCCUUGAGGUCACCAUAUCCAUUUAGUUUCUUUUGUAUUGUGUUUUCUUUUUUUUAUCCAAUUAUUGUUUUUGUGUUAUUUUUUUUAACCUUUUUUUGUGUUUGUUUUGGUUUUUGUGCCAAUGGCAGCUAUAGAUAGACAGCUUCCAAACUUGUUACAGGUCUUCACCUUCCUAAAUAUAAAUAUAAAUAUAUAUAUAUAUAUAUAUAUAUAUGUCACCAAGUAUCUUUCCAUCAACUUCCAUCAGUCGGCGGCAAGCUGUUGUUUACUGCUACUAUCUACUCACAAAGCAGCAACACAGAAAAGUAGCAAAAAUUGGCAUUGGUAUGUAGCUCAGUUGUGCUUUUGCACUUGCUUUGCCCCCUUCCACCUAAUAAAUGCAAUCGUUGAAACACA